AUUAUUUGCACGCAAAUUUUGCUCGUCUCCAGCGAAAACGUAAAUGCGAAAGGCAGUGGAAGAAAAAAAUUUAAAACGAAACACGAAAAAAUUGCAAAUUAGAUGGGAAAUUCAAAUCAGAAAUUCAUUACAAGUUAAGAAAAACAAUUAUAAAUCCCACAACGCAUUUAAAGAGAGUUAAAGUAUAUUAAAAUUGCGUCGCCAAUUUAUGAAAAGUGCUUUAGUGCGUGGUAAUUGCGUAUUAAAAAACAACAAUAGCAACAACAACAACAGCAACAAAAACAGCGCGCAAACAAACUGCAAACGCUGGCAAAAAUUGAGAAACUGAAACUGAAAGUGAAAAAGGCACAAGAAAAAAAGAGCAAUUGCAGCCAGAGACAGCAGCAACAGCCACAAAAAGAAGGAAAUAACUUUUAUUACAUGGGUUUAACAGAUCAAGAUUGGAUUGGCAGUGCGGUCAGCUUGACCUGCGACGAAGAGCUGGGCGUGUUUCAGGGAUUGAUUAAGAAGAUCUCCGCCGAAGAGAUAACUAUUGUGCGCGCCUUUCGCAACGGUGUUCCAUUGCGCAAACAGAACGCCGAAGUUGUGCUGCGUUGCACCGACAUCAAGAGCAUUAAUCUUAUUGAGCCGGUCAAGGAUAUUGAGACGACGACACCAACGGUGAUUAACAAGCCGACGCCAGUUAAAUUGCCGCAUUUCUCCAACAUUCUUGGCAAACAGCAGCAGCUGUUGCAACAGCAACAACAACAGCAGCAACAACAACUACAACAGCAGCAGCAGCAACUUCAACAACAACAACAGCAGAAGCAACAGGAGCGGGAGCAGGAGCAACAAGCGACGCCCAGAACCAAGAGCAAUGGGCACGGCUACGCCAACAGAAAUGGCGGCGGAGCAGCAAACUCCGCGCUGAGUGAUAAAAUGCAACAGCUUAUGCUGACUACGAAUGCCAAUGGAGCUAAUGGCAUGCGAAGGACACCGCAGAGCUCGCGUGCACCGAGCGCGCAGCAGCAGCAGUUGGCGACGACCCCGAAUAGCGUGGCUGCCUUUUUUGGCAACAUGAUACCGGCCAAGGUGGAGGUGAAGCUGGGCAGCUCGGCUUAUCAACCCAGCAGUGGUAACUUGGAGAGCUACUGCAGCAGCAGUGUUGACAGUGGAGAAGCAGCAGCUGGCAGCAGUCGUCCCAUUGAUAUAAUAAGCAAUAGCAAUGGCAACACCAAUGGCAGCUAUUAUAAUCAAGGCGCCAGCCAGAGCAAUGGUAAACGGAAUGGAAAUGGUAAUGGAAAUGGAAAUGGCAAUGGCAACGGCAGUUUCAACUCGAAUUCCUUUACUGCCAAUGGAAACGGUAAUGCGAAUGGCAAUGGAAAUGGAAAUGGGAAGAAGCAGCGUAAUCGUGUGCGUCGAGAGAGCAGCAUGCGGCAGCAGCAGCAGCAGACUUUCGGCAGCGAAGCCGAUGAUCCACUUUUGCACGAAGACUUUGACUUUGAGGGCAAUCUGGCUCUCUUCGAUAAGCAGGCCAUUUGGGAUGAUAUUGAGUCGACUUUCCAAAAACCGGAUGUUGUGCGUCAUGCUGUCCACGUGCAAAAGCAACCCCAUCAUCAUCAUCAGCAGCAGCAGGAGAAGAAGUAUCGACACGACGAGAACAUUUUGGCUAGCGAGCCGUUGCAGCUGCGCCAGAUCGAAAGCAUUUUUGAUGGCAGCAAGGAUUUCGUCACCGAUGAUGGCCUCAUCAUUCCCACUAUUCCGGCCUAUGUGCGUAACCGCAUCGAGAUGAGCGCCGAGAAGGCGGGUCUAUCGCUCCAACGUCAAAUUGACAUCUUGGCACGUGGCGCCAGCGAUUUGGCCAUCACAUUGCUUGGAGGCGCUCGCCGUUUGACGCCGGCAAACAAUCAUCAGUGGCCAAAGAUUGCCAUCAUUUGUGACGGCGUCAACACGAUGAGAACCAUCAACAUUGGAGCUGCUACAGGGCGUCUCUUGGCGUCCCAUGGACUAACUGUUCUUCUCUAUGUGGAGCAGGCGCAGCUCAUUGAACAAAACAGUAGCCUGGAAAUAUCCUUGUUCAAGGCUACUGACAACACUGUAGUACAUUCAGUUGAUGCAAUGCCAACACCGGAUCUUGUGAUACUAUCGACAAAUACCGCCAAACUUUCGGAUGCAAUCAAGAAAUGGCUCAGCGUUAAUCGUGCUUCGGUGCUUGCCAUUGAUCCGCCACCGUGUGGCAUUGAGGAUGUUGCUAUCAAGUACUCAAUAUUACCAAUAUUACCAUUAACCCAAGAUUCAAGCACUUCGGCUGCCGCAGUGGCAACGGAGAAAGCAUCAACGAAUAAUUGUGGCAAACUGUAUUUAUGUAAUUUAGGUAUACCAGAUAAAUUUUAUCGUGAUUGUGGCAUUAAGUACAAAAGUCCGUAUGGACAUAAAUAUGUGAUACCGAUUCACUCAAAGGACUGAAACAACGACAACACAACACAACACAAGCACAGACAAACAAUAAUGAUACAUAACAACAAACAACAACAACAAUCAACAGCAUAAACAUUAAGCACCAAUAAUCCAAUAAAACACACAAUACAAUAAUUAUCAGUAAAAGUAUAACAGAAAAAUUAAAAAACACCCAAACACACAUGUGAUGAUCAUCAAAGUCCUGUUUCCUGUGAAUCUAGCCUAGCAGUUAGAAGACUCUCAUAUAAC